AUGGCGGCGGCUGCAAGACUCCUGCUAAAGAGUGUUAGCUCAAAGGCUACCCUCACCGGUGUGAAUGGUAGCGUGCACAAUAGUUUUGGGAUAGCGCUUCUUAAAUUAUCCCCGAACUGCACCGUCACGCCGAAAACACAAAAAAGACAUGCAGCGCAUUUCACCUAUCAGCCUGACCCCGUACCAACUAACUAUGGUCCUACUCAGAAGAUGAACUUAUUCCAAUCAGUUACAAGUGCCUUGGACAACACCCUUGCCAGUGACCCCACUGCAGUCAUUUUUGGGGAAGACGUUGCCUUUGGUGGAGUAUUCCGAUGCACAGUUGGUCUCAGAGACAAAUAUGGGAAAGAUCGCGUGUUUAACACUCCCUUGUGUGAGCAGGGCAUUGUGGGCUUUGGGAUCGGUGUCGCCGUCGCUGGAGCGACAGCCAUCGCCGAGAUCCAGUUCGCCGACUACAUCUUCCCGGCGUUCGAUCAGAUUGUAAACGAGGCAGCCAAAUACAGGUACCGCUCGGGCAACCUGUUCGACUGCGGGAACCUUACGAUCAGAGCACCGUGGGGUUGCGUUGGACACGGCUCCCUCUACCAUUCCCAGAGUCCAGAGGCCUUUUUUGCCCACUGUCCAGGGAUUAAGAUUGUAGUACCCAGAGGACCAGUUCAGGCCAAAGGAUUGCUUCUCUCCUGCAUCGCUGACAAGAAUCCCUGCAUAUUCUUUGAGCCUAAAAUCCUGUACAGGGCUGCAGUGGAACAAGUCCCCACGGAGCCGUACAGUAUCCCACUCUCGCAGGCCGAGGUCUUGGAGGAAGGCAGUGAUGUCACGAUGGUUGCCUGGGGAACCCAGGUUCACGUUUUGAGGGAAGUUGCUGCGAUGGCGCGUGAGAAACUCGGCGUGUCCUGCGAGCUAAUUGACCUGCAAACAAUUUUACCCUGGGACACAGAGACUGUUUGUAAGUCUGUGGUGAAGACAGGCCGUCUGCUGAUCAGCCAUGAGGCUCCGGUAACAGGAGGUUUUGCUGCAGAGAUCAGCGCCACGGUGCAGGAGGAGUGCUUCCUCAAUCUUGAGGCUCCAAUCACAAGAAUUUGCGGUUAUGACACACCCUUUCCUCACAUCUACGAACCUUUCUACAUCCCCGACAAGUGGAAGUGCUUUGACGCCGUCAAAAGGAUGAUCAACUACUGAUUCUCAGGACAUGAGGACCUUGAACCAGUCCUGUCAGAGAUCUCUUCAUCAUCCAACCAAUCAGGUUGCUGCCUCUAGAAAGGACCUUGCAUAAACAGACUGUUACCUCUCACAGACAUGGACGAUAACCACAGACAACAUCAGCCAUCAGCUGAGCUGAAUUCAGUUCUCGAAACACUAACGUAUAUCUUUGAUGGAUGCUCUGCCGUUAUAGCUAUUAGCAGAUUUUGUCUCUCUCUCUUCCAGAUAACUGUGUCAACACAUUUGUGGGGGGGGUUUUUUCCCUUUGUUUGCUGUCUUUAUUCUCCUUAGCUGAGGUAUGUGUGGUUUGUAAGUAAAUUAAACUGAUUGGCUUUGCUGUGAAA